CCCCAGAGAGCGGACUGAGGACUGAGCGGCGGGCGGGGGCGCUCUCGCCGCGUCGCGUCCUGCAAAAACCACCAUGGGAGUGUACAGGCUGCCCCUAUGCCCGCCCCCGAAGCCGCCCCCGAAGGAGUACGCGCCAUGCGGUUUCGGCGGCGACUACCAGUGGCUGUGCCAGAAGCCGCUGGCCAACAUCGACGCCUACAAGACGUCCUCCGGCGUGGGGCUGUACCAGAUCCACCCCAUCAGCGAGCGCUACGACCGCGUGCGGAGGCCACUGCCAUGCCACCUGGCGACGCGCGACGCUGCCGUGACUUGGGACCAGCACUUGACCACCACGGGCCUGGCCCACGACCUCAAGGAGCCCACCAAGGACCCCGCCACCUUCGCCGGCAACUACAUCAGCGCCGGCCGCAUGACCCUGGCGCGCAAGUUCGACGAGCACAUAAAGCACCGGCCGCACAACAGCAGCGUCGACACCUGUCCGGCCGCUUCCGUCACCAACUCGACGUACCUGCGGAAUGACGUCAUCCCCACGCUGGGGAAGCUCGUCGACCUCUCGCCCGACGUCGAGUGCCCGGUUCGCAGCGAUGGGCUCUCGGUGCAGCCGCUGGUGCCGCCGGAGGGCGGCGGCUUCGUGCGCCUGCUGGACCCCAUGGUGUCCACGUCGGCCAUGGACUACCACCCGCACACGGAGCGCCAGCAGAGCGACCAGGUGGGCCAGAAGAACGUGAUGACGUACUGGGACGCGGAGGGCUACCACCGCGCCCAGGGCUGGGGCUACGGGCCGCGCGACUCGGUGCGCGUCAGCUCGCUGCUGUCCACGCGCUCCGACCCCGACCCCGUCUACGACAAGGAGCAGUUCGCCCACCGCGCCGUGCACCGCCGCCUGCCCACCAGGGUGCCCGCCGUGCCCAACAAGGGCCUGCAGAGCGAGCAGCAGGCGUCGUUCCGGCUGCCGCUGGACGACUUCGUGUCGCACCGCUGGGGCACUGGCGGCGUCGAGUACCCCGUGGCGCUGUACGCCAACACGCUGUCCGAGCUGCUCGCCGUGCCCGCCAUGUACUGCCCCGAGAGCGCGCACUACGGCACGGGGGUGCCCGUCAAGACCAUGGUGGACACGGGGCCCGCCUUCCACGGCCUGCCCGUGCACCGGCCUUGCCCGCCCCGGCUGUGCAGUCCCUUCAAGAAGCCAAGGCCCUAG